CCCCAACAGACAAAAGUCGCAAAACCGAAACAUAACUGGGACAUAGCAAACUCUUUUCUGGAACUAGCCGUUCUCUUUCUCCUUUAGUCCUUUUAGCAAGCUUCAACCUUCUUCCCAAAUAUACCCCUGUUGGGCCAAAUAUAUAUAUUCAGAGCAACCCAUAUCUCUGUCUGUCUCUGUCUCUCUCUAUAGAAAGAAUCUAGGGUUUGAAACAGUGAGAAACAGUGAAUCUUGCCCCAUCGGUUUCUUGGAGACCAUGUGAGAGUUCCUGAUACUAGUAGGAAAGAAAGGAGCAUAUCAAUCUUCCUGUAGUAUGGCAACGGAAAGUCCGAUCAGAAUUUCAGAAACUAGCGGGAAAUGGCCCUCCCAUCAGGAGGCUGCUACCUUUGCGGCGUCAUCUGCUAGCAUGGCAGCAGAGGAUUUGGGGUUGCUUCUGAAGGGCCAUAGGUUUCAUGGCAGGGGGAGGGAUGUGGUCCCGAAUCGAAGUGGAAGUGCACCGCCAAGCAUGGAAGGUUCAUUUUUGUCCAUUAAUAACCUUUUUUCCCUGCAGACUUUUAACUCGAAUGCAAGCUUGGCAAGUCUAAACAGUGCUAUUCAAAACCAUGAGUCUAAGGAAGAACUGCGUGCUGAUCCAGCUUAUUUGGCUAACCUAAACCCUAGGCUUCCCCCUCCACUCAUCUCAUCAGAGAAUCACGGCACCAUACGCCACAACGGUAGUUUUGGCAAUCACUGGCCAUUGACUUCUGUUGAUGAUAGUGGCAAUGGUUCUCUGCAUAUGUCUCACGGAACCCUUUCUACCCAAUAUGAAGAGUGUGAAGAUGAUCAGUCACCCCAAAAACCUUCUGAUGAUUGGGUAGAUGAGACAAGUGGGUUUUGGUCUGUGCAGGAGGUGGGUUCCUUGGCAAGUCGACACAGAAAUGUAGUGGAUUUAAUACAGGAAGAUUUUCCCCGUACUCCAUCUCCUGUAUAUAGUCAGCCUAAUUUGUUAAGCCAUGGAGUGGUAGAGGAAGCUGUUGACCACAAUGUUGAUUCCAGUUCCUUGUAUGAUCCCAUUAUCAGCACAUCAAAAGGUGUCACAUCUACUCUUGUUGCCGACGAUAGAAGAGCACCAUCAAAUUCUGAUCAUUUGGAUGGCACCGUUCCAAGUUCAGCAUCUCCUGAUCAUUCAGGAAGUGGCGAUGUAAAUGAUUUUGACAUCACUAGUAUUGAAUCUGAAAUAAAGGCUCUUAAUAUAUCUAACCUUCCAAUUCCAGAAAGUCGAAAGAAUCAAGAACAAUGGCAACAUAGCAGCCAGAAUAGUUUGUCGCAACACCAGGUACACGAACAACAAAGCAAUUUAUCUCAAUUUCCGAAGGGCAAGUCUCAGGUGAUAUCUCAAGGUCUAAACUGCACAUACAUUGGUAUGAAUCAGUUUCCCCAAAAUCCCAGUAAGUUUAUGGCAGAGGUACAACCAGUACUACAGUCAUCUGGGUUCACUCCUCCACUGUAUGCAACUGCAGCGGCCUACAUGACUUCAGCAAAUCCUUUCUACACUAAUUUGCAGGCCCAGGCUUAUUCCCCGCAAUAUGUAGGUGGAUAUCCUUUGAGUCCCUCAGUUGUUCCUCCGUAUGUUGCUGGGUACCCUCCUCAUGGCGCUGUUCCUCUUGUUGUUGAUGGAACUGCUGGUCCAAGCUAUACUGCUCAAACUUCCGGGGUUUCAGCUGGGGGAAACAUGGCACAUGGAGCUGAUAUGCAAAAUUUAAGUAAGUUCUAUGGACAGUUUGGUUUUCCACUACAACCUUCUUUUGGUGAUCCUAUGUAUAUGCAAUACCAUCAACAGCCUUAUGGUGAGGCAUAUAGUGGUAUUUCUGGGCAGUUUGAUCCGCUGGUAUCUAGAGGUAGUGUUGAUCUUGGGAGCCGUGUUAGGGCUCUUGAUUCGCAGAAAGGAUCCAACAUUGCUAGUUAUUUAGAUGACCACAAAUUCCAUCAGAUAAAUGGAGGCCUGAGUAAUAUAAACCCAAGGAGAGGGGGGAUGAUGAGUUCUAAUUAUUAUGGAAGCCAACCAAACAUGGGUUUUCUGAUGCAGUACCCAAACUCGCCCCUUGCUAGUCCAGUUUUACCCGGAUCGCCUGUUGGUGGAAUUGGUGUUCCUGGGGGCAGAAAUGAAAUGAGAUUUACUCCAGGUUCCAGUAGAAAUGCUGGCAUAUAUCCCGGAUGGCAUGGUCCAAGGGGCUUUGAGAGUUUUGAUGACCCUAAAAUAUAUAAUUUUCUUGAAGAGUUGAAAUCAGGCAAAGGUCGCAGAUUUGAGCUGUCUGAUAUCGUGGGACAUAUUGUUGAAUUCAGUGCUGAUCAACAUGGGAGUCGAUUUAUUCAGCAGAAGUUGGAAAAUUGUAGUGUUGAAGAUAAGGCAUCUGUAUUUAAAGAAGUUCUCCCACAUGCUUCCAAACUAAUGACUGAUGUUUUUGGUAACUAUGUUAUUCAGAAGUUUUUUGAGUAUGGAAGCCCUGAUCAGAGGAAGGAACUUGCAAAUCAACUUACAGGGAAGGUGUUACCUUUAAGUCUGCAGAUGUAUGGCUGUCGUGUAAUUCAAAAGGCACUUGAAGUUAUUGAGCUUGAACAGAAAGUACAGCUUGUUCGAGAGCUGGAUGGACACGUUAUAAGAUGUGUUCGUGAUCAAAAUGGUAAUCACGUGAUACAAAAGUGCAUUGAGAGCAUUCCAACAGAGAAAAUCGGGUUUAUCAUAUCUGCUUUUGGGGGCCAAGUUGCGGAACUUUCUAUGCAUCCUUAUGGUUGCCGUGUCAUACAGAGAGUUCUAGAGCAUUGUACUGAUGACCUGCAAUGUCAGUUUAUUGUGGAUGAGAUCUUGGAGUCUGUUUGCACUCUUGCUCAGGACCAGUAUGGAAAUUAUGUAACCCAGCAUGUAUUGGAGAGGGGAAAGCCUCAAGAAAGAAGUCAAAUUAUGAGCAAGCUCUCAGGGCAUAUUCUUCAACUGAGCCAGCAUAAAUUUGCUUCAAAUGUCAUUGAGAAAUGUUUGGAGUAUGGUGGCCCCGCUGAACGGGAACUGUUAAUUGGAGAAAUCUUUGGGCAUGAUGAUGGAACUGAUAAUUUAUUGACAAUGAUGAAGGACCAAUUUGCAAAUUACGUGGUUCAGAAGAUUCUUGAAAUAUGUUCUGAUAAUCAGCGGGCCAUAUUGCUUAGUCAUGUAAGAGUUCAUGCUCAGGCUUUGAAGAAAUACACUUAUGGGAAACACAUUGUUGCUCGAUUUGAACAGCUAUUCGGAGAAGAAAAUCCUACAUCUGGAUCCUGAUGCGAAAACUGGGGAAUCAGCCAGGGCUCUUGCCUGUGCUGCUUUGGCAUGUAUUUCUCGCUUCAGUGGAAAGAAAGGAAUGGCAUGAGAAUUGUAGUUGCUUCUCGAGAGGGCCUUCCAAUUGUCUCAUUUAUGGAAAUUCGGUAAGCUUCCACCUAAGGAAGCUUCAACCAGUUUAAUUAUUACUGAAACAGGUCGAUGUUGUAAAGUGACUGAAUAUAUGUACAUGUUAAAAGGUGUGGUUUUAUAUCUUUACUGUAGGGUGAUUGGUUUAGAUUGCAAUGCAAGGGUAAUUAUUUGGAAGGAAAUCCUUCCUGGGUUGUAGAAAUUAUUUACUGGUGUGUGGUUUUUAAAAGAAACUUACUUGUGUA